UGUUAUAUGCGUAAUAUUAAGUGACUUAGAGUGCUACGUAGGAUGAUUUCUUAUUGAAAAAUUGUUCAUUAAUAAUUCUAGGUUCCUAAAGGCAUACAUAGUAGAUGGAGGAUCACUAUGGAAUGGCGGAUCUGAGACAGUUUAUGAGCAAUACGUCGUUUUUCACCUCACUUCCGCCGCCGCAGCAGCAGCAGCCGUCGUCGGCGGACGUGUUACUGACGCAUCACCACUACGACAUGGUGUUGGCACCGAUGGGGGCGGCGGCGGCGGCCCCGCAUCGGCCGACGACGGGGCUGCAUCAUGAGUUCUUUGCAGAUUCGAGCACAAACGCGACCACCGCUAGCGGCGGCGUUGCUUCGAGUGGCGGUGGUGCUGGGUUUAGCGGGCUGGAGCUGGAGACUACCGGAGUUGGCGGCGGCGGCGGCGGGCUUGGAUUCGACGGCAGCGGCAGCGGGAGGUGGCCCAGGCAGGAAACUCUCACUCUUCUUGAGAUCAGAUCACGACUCGAUCCCAAGUUCAAAGAAGCUAAUCACAAAGGUCCCUUGUGGGAUGAAGUCUCCAGGAUCAUGAGUGAGGAACAUGGAUAUAGAAGGACUGGGAAGAAGUGCAGGGAGAAAUUUGAGAACUUGUACAAAUAUUACAAGAAGACUAAAGAUGGGAAAGCAGGAAGGCAAGAUGGGAAACACUAUAGGUUUUUUAGACAGCUGGAAGCUCUCUAUGGUAAUAAUGGUAGUGAUCAUCAAACCAAUAGCCACAACGGUUCAGACUACAUGAUGACUCUAAAUCACCACCACCAAACCGAUUCGGGUGGAAACCCCAACUUCUACGUAUCGAAGCCACUAGCAGCCGAUGACAGCCUCAGCCUCUCGAAAUGCUCUUAUUUUGGCUCCACUUCGUCAGGCGAAGAAGAAGAAGACGCCGGGGACAGUACUGGAGAGAAUGAGAGGAAGAGGAAGGGGAUGAGGAGGCGGCGGCGGUGGAAGUUAAAGGUGAAGGAGUUCAUAGAUGAGAAGAUGAGGAAGCUGAUUGAGAAACAAGACGAGUGGCUGGAGAGGAUGAUGAGCGGGAUUGAAGAGAAGGAGCAAGAGAGGAUGGCAAGGGAAGAGGAGUGGAGGAAGCAAGAGGUGGAUAGGAUGGAGAGGGAACAAAGGUUUUGGGCCAACGAGCGAGCCUGGAUCGAAGCCAGGGAUGCCGCUUUGUUGGAGGCAUUGCACAAACUGGGGGGCAAUAAUAAUAAUAAUAAUAAAGCUCCCGCAGUUGCAGCUGCUGAUGAUGUCGCCCAGUUCCACGACCAGAACUGGGCGACACCAGCAGCAGCUGGAGACAGCAAGCUCAUCCAACUAAGGGCGAAUAUGGAAUCAAGAUUCCAGCAGCACAUUGGGUGCUCAGAUGAUGCUCUUUGGGAGGAGAUUGCAGCCAAGAUGUCUUAUAUGGGCUAUGAUAGUAAUGCUGCUGCUUCCAUGUGCAGAGACAAGUGGCUCACCAUCAACAACUACUUCCUUAACAAGGGAAACUACAAGAAAAGGAAAGAGAACAACAUUAGUUCUGAAGAUUGUUUUAACUAUAACUUGUUCCACAACAAUGCAGUAGCAGCAGGCUUCUCUGCGUUUCUUUUCGGUCACAAACCGAUGACUUCUGCAGAAUCUGUCUCCCCCUUCAUUCGCAUGUCUAUUGCUAAGCACUUCCCGAUCAAGCUGACCACGACCAACUAUCUUGUUUGGCGUCGUCAGGUCCAGACUACUCUUGUCGGCUUGGACCUUAUUGGCUAUGUCGAUGGAUCCGUUAAAGCUCCAUCACCGUUCCUAGACGUUGCGCACAAGCAGCCCAACCCUGCGUACACUUGCUGGUACCGUCAGGAUGCUAUUCUUCUCAGCGCUCUUCUUGGCAGUUGCACAGAUGUUGUCCAACCUUUGAUCUCUCUGGCGGAAACUUCAACGGAUGCGUGCUCUCGGUUGGCUGCAAGUCUUGCCAGCAUGUCUCGUGGGCGUAUUAUUUCGCUAAAAUCUCAGUUGGCGAAAAAUCCCCGCGGAAAUCGUACCAUUGAAACUUUUAUUACGGACAUGACGAGAAUUGCGUCCGACCUUGCUUUAGCUGGUAGCCCCGUCACUGAUCAAGAUCUCGCAGUUCAUAUUAUGUCUCAGCUUGGUGAUGAUUACUCUUCCAUUUACCAAUCGUUGCGGGGGAGGAAUGACAAUUUCUCCAUUGAUGAGCUCUCCACAAUUCUAAUGGAUUGUGAACGUGAGCUUCAGACCAGAUCUGCUGCCUCCUCUGACCUUGUUGCAAUAGCAAACCAUGCACAAAAAAUGCACGGUAAUGAUUAUCGUGGAGGUACCUUUGGUCGUGGCGGCCAAUUUGGUGCUUCUCUCGGUGUCAUGCGUGGACGUGGUUCCACCAAUUCUAAUCGUGGUGGCCGGCAUUGUCAGUUUUGUGAUUAUUCGGGUCAGGAUACCAAGUUCUGCCGUAAGCUUCAACGCUUUUUAAAGGAUCAUCAUGUCUCCGUUGGCUUUGGCUCGCCCGCUACUCCAACGGCUAACAUGACAGUCUCACCCGGUGGUGGCGGCUCGUGUGACUCUCAGUGGAUUGUUGAUAGUGGCGCUUCUCAUCAUGUUGCGAGUGAUCCGUCCUCGCUCAGUACUCUCAUGGAUUAUGGCGGCCCGGAUGAAGUUCGUUUGGGUAACGACCAGAUCUGCUGGGAGGAGACUGGAACAACGUUAUCGUUUGGUACGUGUUUUUUACGUGCCAUUACUAAUAGCACCUCCAUGGAAUGGUCGUUGCGGGGGAGGAAUGACAAUUUCUCCAUUGAUGAGCUCUCCACAAUUCUAAUGGAUUGUGAACGUGAGCUUCAGACCAGAUCUGCUGCCUCCUCUGACCUUGUUGCAAUAGCAAACCAUGCACAAAAAAUGCACGGAAUCAUGUUUCAUUUAUCUAAUAUUGAGGAUGUUUCUCCUAAACCUAUAUGUCUCCCUGAUGGGUCUCGUGUUCAAGCUGUCAAACAAGGGAGUGUGCAUUUAUCAUCUAGUUUGACGACGCCAACCCACGUCAUCCACGGUGGAGACCACUUCUCCACCGGCAGUAGUUCCUUCUCUUCCACCGCGUACGCGUCGUCGUCCAGCUCAUCUUAAUGACUAUGUUCUCAAUUCCGCAAAGACCGUCUCUCCGAUUCCAGUCUCCUUAGGUUCGUCACAAUCGG